UGAGUGCACAGGGACCGACCGAGCGAUGCCACCCGCACCCAGGAGGAGGCGGUGCGCCACGAGUGCCCUUGUGCGCCCCCACCUCGGGGUCUGCCUCUGGCUGUGGCUGGGUGUUGCCGUGGGACUCGGCCAGAGACGAGAGAGCAGCCGCCUGAGGCUGGCGGUGCUGCCUGAGGACCGGCUGCAGAUGAAGUGGUCGGAGUCGGAGGGGAGCAGCCUUGGCUACCUGGUGCAGGUGAAGCCCAUGGCAGGGGACGCGGAGCAGGAUGUGAUGCUGACCACGAAGGCCCCCAAGGCCACGGUGGGGGGCCUGAGCCCCUCCAAGGGCUACACCGCACAGAUCUUCCGGCUUACUGGCUCAGGGACCACCCUGCUGGCUCAGAGGGAGUUUGUGAUAGAGGAGCUGAAGAGGCCCCUGGGGGCAGCCCCGGAGCCCACGCCCUCCCAUGUGGGGAGCCCAGCCCCGGAGCCCCCAGUCGCCUCGUCCCCGAGCCAAGACCCGCCCACUCUUGGCAGCUCCAGGUGGGAUGAGGGACUGCUCGGUGAGGAGCAGCACCCGCCCAGGGGCCCCGGGGGCAAGGCCCCUUCUCAGCCCACCAAAGACCUGGAGAGGCAGAGCCACCCCAGGGCCCCUGAGGGAAAGACGGAGAAGCCAGCCAGCCCCCAGUUCCGCUGCACACCCCCUACACCUGUGGAUAUGAUCUUCCUGGUGGACGGGUCCUGGAGUAUCGGCCACAGCCACUUCCAGCAGGUCAAAGAUUUCCUGGCCAGCGUCAUCGAGCCCUUUGACAUCGGGCCGGAUAAAGUCCAAGUCGGCCUGACUCAGUACAGUGGAGACCCCCAGACUGAGUGGGAUCUCAGCACCUUCGGCGCCAAGGAGGACGUGCUGGCCGCUGUCCGCAGCCUCCGCUACAAAGGGGGAAACACGUUCACAGGCCUGGCCCUGUCACACGUGCUGGAGCAGAACCUGCGGCCGGGGGCGGGGCCCCGUCCAGAGGCGGCCACGGUGGUGAUUCUGGUGACGGACGGCAAGUCCCAAGAUGACGCCCGUGCCGCUGGCCGUGCCCUCAAGGACCUGGGUGUUGACAUCUUUGCUGUGGGCGUGAAGAACGCGGACGAGGCCGAGUUACAGCUCCUGGCGUCCCGGCCGCUGGACAUCACCGUCCACAACGUGCAGGACUUUCCCCAGCUGGGCACCUUGGCCGGCUUGCUCAGCCGCCUCGUCUGCCACAAGGUCCAGGGCAGGAGCAGGGCCCCGGUUACAUCGACAGCGGGCAGCCCCUCCUCCCCGGACACCCUCUUCACUCCCACCAGCCUGGUCGUGACCCAGGUGACCUCCUCCAGCGUCCACCUGUCCUGGACUCCAGCCCCCCAGCUGCCCCUCAAGUAUCGGAUCGUGUGGCAGCCUUCCAGGGGUGGCGCCCCCAAGGAGGUUGUGGUGGAGGGGCCCGCCUCGUCCACGGAGCUUCACAACCUGACGGCCGGCACGCAGUACUUGGUGUCUGUGCUCCCUGUCCUCCGGGCUGGGUUCGGAGAGGGCCUGAGGCGCCUCGUGACCACAGCGCCUCUGCCUCCGCCCCAGGCGCUGGCCCUGGCCGCAGUGACACCCAGGACCAUCCGCCUCACCUGGCAGCCGUCGGCCGGGGCCACACGGUACCUGGUGAGGUGCCUGUCGGCCUCCGCCAAGAGCCAAGAGGAGGGGAGAGAGGUGCGGGUGGGGCAGCCCGAGGUGCUGCUGGAUGGCCUGGAGCCCGGCAGGGACUAUGAUGUCUGGGUACAGAGCCUGCAAGGGGCCGAGGCCAGUGAGGCUCGGGGCAUCCGCGCCAGGACCUCCACCCUCGCGCCCCCCGGACACCUCAGCUUCUCGGAUGUGAGUCACGACUCAGCCCGUGUUUCCUGGGAGGGCGUCUCGAAGCCCGUGCGUCUGUUCAGGAUCAGCUUUGCCUCCAGUGACGGCAGCCAUUCAGGGGAGGUGGAGGCUCCCGGCAACGCCACCUCGGCCACCGUGGGCCCUCUGUCCUCCUCCACGGCGUAUUCUGUCCGCGUCACCUGCCUCUACCCCGGGGGCAGUUCCUCCGUGCUGACCGGCCGCCUGACUACGCGGAAAGUCCCCAGCCCGAGCCAGCUCUCGGUGACAGAGCUCCCUGGGGACGAGGUUCGACUGCAGUGGACGGCCGCCGCGGCUUCCGGCGUCCUUGUGUACCAGAUCAAGUGGACGCCCCUGGGAGACGGGAAGGCCCACGAGAUCUCUGUCCCAGGGCACCGGGACGUGGCAGUCCUGCCUGGCCUACGAAGCUACUUGGAGUAUGAGAUCACCAUCCUGGCCUACUACAGGGAUGGGGCCCGCAGCGACCCGGUGUCCCUCCGCUACACCCCCCCGCACCGGAGCCCGCCCUCUGACCUGGCCCUGGCGUCCAAGUCACCCGACAGCCUGCAAGUCAGCUGGACACCUCCGAGCGGCCACGUCCUCCACUACCGGCUCACCUAUGCGCCAGCCUCGGGCUCGGGGCCCGAGAAGUCGAUCUCUGUUCCAGGACUCAGCAAUCACGUGACGCUCCCCAACCUGCUGGCGGCCAGCAAGUACAGGGUCCUGGUCUCCGCGGUCUAUGGAGCGGGGGAGAGCAGGACUGUGUCUGCCAUAGGCCACACGGCAGCCUGCCCCGCCCUCAGCCCAGAUGGCUCUCUCUCAGGCUUUGACCUCAUGGCGGCCUUUGGUCUGGUGGAAAAGGAGUAUGCGUCCAUCCGCGGUGUCGCCAUGGAGCCCUCGGCAUUCGGCCGCGCCAGGACCUUCACACUCUUCAAGGAUGCCCAGCUGACGCGCCGGGCCAGUGACGUCCACCUGGCCGCCCUCCCACCGGAACACACAGUUGUCUUCCUCCUGCGUCUGCUGCCCGAGACACCCCGCGAGACCUUUGCGCUGUGGCAGAUGACGGCCGAGCACUCCCAGCCCGUCCUGGGGGUCUUGCUGGACGCCGGCAGGAAGUCUCUGACCUACUUCAACCACGACCCCAGGGCCACCUUGCAAGAGGUCACCUUUGACCUGCCCGAAGUGAGGAGGAUAUUCUUUGGAAGCUUCCACAAGGUGCAUGUGGCUGUGGGCCGCUCCAAGGUCAGGCUCUAUGUGGACUGCCGGAAGGUGGCUGAGAGGCCCAUGGGGGAGGCAGGCAGCCCACCUGUUACUGGCUUUGUCAUGCUGGGACGGUUGGCCAAGGCCCGCGGGCCCCGGAGCAGUUCAGCCACAUUCCAGCUCCAGAUGCUGCAGAUCGUGUGCAAUGACUCCUGGGCGGAGGAAGACAUGUGCUGUGAGCUCCCUGCAUCGAAGGAUGGAGAGACCUGCCCUGCCUUCUCUUCCUCUUGUGCCUGUUCCUCGCAGACCCCGGGGCCCCCGGGGCCCCAGGGACCUCCGGGCCUCCCCGGAAGGAACGGAGUCCCAGGAGAACAGGGCUUCCCAGGCCCCAGGGGAGAGCCCGGGCCACCUGGACAGAUGGGACCUGAGGGUCCCGGGGGUCAGCAGGGGUCGCCAGGGACCCAGGGCCGAACCGUGCAGGGGCCUGUGGGUCCGCCAGGGGUCAAAGGAGAGAAGGGGGACCACGGAGCCCCGGGCUUGCAGGGCCAUCCUGGUCACCAGGGCCCUCCCGGGAAGGUCGGCCUCCAGGGACCUAAGGGAAUGAGGGGUCUGGAGGGGAGUGCUGGCCUGCCUGGACCUCCGGGCCCGAGGGGCUUCCAGGGCACGGCGGGGGCCAGGGGCUCCGGAGGGCAGAGAGGACUCCCGGGGCCUGUGGGGCUCACGGGGCUGCCGGGACCCAAAGGGGAGCGAGGAGAGAAGGGGGAGCCGCAGUCCCUGGCCACCAUCUACCAGCUCGUGAACCAGGCCUGCGAGUCUGCCAUCCAGACUCACGUGCUAAAGUUCCACCAUGAGAGCGCCAGGCCCCCCAGGCCCAUCUUGCAGGCCCUCGGACACCCCAGCUCUCACGGUGAGGCCUGGCUCCCUGGAAGAGGAGGACGAGACGGCCCCCACCCUGAGGACGGAGGUGAGCCCGGCGCCCUUGGUCAGAGGAGCAGCCCUCGGCUGAAAGGGAGUGAGCCUCCCGGACCCCUGGGGGGAACGGGACGGCCCCCGUGCUGCCCGGAGUGACCCUGCCCCUCCCUGGACCCUGCAGGAGGAGCCUGGAAAGCGAGUCCCGGGAGGGGCCCGGAGGCAGAAGGUGGGGUGGGGGGCCUUCCCUCUGUACUGUUUCCACACUCAGAUAAAGUGCAGCGUGCUCA